AUGUCAACUGAGAUGGCAGCUAGCGUCUACGAAGGAGCCGACCUAGACGACAUCGCUGCCAAGGAACCCGGAGAGCAAGCUUACCUUCGAGCGCUCCUGGACGCGCCUUUUGUGUUCAAGCAAGAGUGGAAACAGACUAGCAUUGAUGGUCCUCCGCCGAUUGAAGAUGUAGUGCAAGUUUGUAUGCCACGCGAAUACACGACUAAUUCGUCGCAGGAGGUCCUUCGGACGCGUCUGGGAAAGGUCCUGAUAGCGCACUGUCGGGGAAUCCGUCUGGACCCUUACAAUCCAAAGAUGUGGAUCGAUCGGGGCCGUCACUUUAUGGAGCUCGGUUACGGAGAGCUCGCGGUUUCAGAUGCAUACAAAGGCCGUCUUCUGCUAGACUCCUUUCUAGGUGUCAUCGACACCAAAGAUGCAUAUUCGGACCUUGACAAGGACAGCUUACCGUGCAAGGUCAGCGCUGCUCUGGCAGGCAUUAUUGGGAAAUUAGACACAGGAGUUACUAGACAAUGUGAUGCCGGUAACGUCUCCAUUGCCAAAUCGCUGCAGCAGCAGGCUUUCCUGGUCAUGGCUUCGGCUCUGCUCCGUGUCAGAGCAUACCACGACGCGAUUCAGGUCCUCGAUGAGGCGGUAGUGCUCGGCGGUACGUCCGAAGAAUUACAGAAACUAUGCUCGCAGGCGAAAGAAAGAUCAAGAUCUAUGGAGCAGCCGAUUCCGGCUCGGCACCAAAAGCCGGGGUACAUGCAACGAUCAACCAAACAAGGUGGCGUUCAACGAGUCGCUUACCCUUGGAUCAAUCCUGAGGAACUGGGACGCGGAAACAAAGCAAUGAAGAAAGCCAAAACGAAAUUGGAGGCAGCUUCGAGAAACGCCACGCUGGGCCCAAGCUCUCUGGGCGGCACAACAAGCGAUAACUUUGGUGUUUUUGCUCGACAGGAUAUUACACGAGAUGAUCUAAUCGUGACAGAUAGGUCGGCCUUCACUGUUUUCAAUGUUCAGGGUAAGGAUGACUGCUGGGCUUGCUCUAAGCCACUUAGCCGUGAGAUUGUCUCUAUGAAUUGUUGCAAAAACAAGUUUUGCAGCGAAUCAUGUAAGACCGAAGCCGUCAACACUUACCAUCGGGUUCUAUGUGAUAAAGACUUUGAGUGGCUUUAUCGUGCUAGCAAAGAUGCAGACCAGUCCUCUAAUGACAUGGUCCCGCUUAUGUUGAUGAAGAUACUGGCCACGGCUGUACAACAAAAUGCAAAACCCCUCAAAGUGGCCUGCGUCGGGAGCUUAAAGAUCAACUAUGAAAAGAGGACAAGUUCAAUCUUCAAAUUCCACGCCAAUGUCGUGGCUCCAAUUAGAAUCCUGCAGACAUUUGGCAUCGAUGUCUUCAAAGAUAUGCGCUUUGAUUCGUGGGCGUUGCAGACGCUUAUACUACGGAUUGAAAACAACAUGUUUGUCAACAAAGAAGGCGACGUGGUAUACUGUGCCAUCUCCCCGCUGUUCUGCAUGUUCAAUCAUGACUGCGAUCCUUCCGCCGAAUGGCCAGCCUACGACCAAGGCGGUCCAGUGACAGUGAUUGCGAAACGAGAUAUCAAAGAGGGCGAGGAGAUCAGCGUGUCAUAUAUCCCUAACACUCCGUUAGAAAAGGACAGACGUCUGAGACUAAAGUCUCAACUCGGUGGUGUGUGUGGUUGCGCCCGUUGUUGCAAAGAGAGGAAAAUGCCUCCGGAGGAAGAAAGACCGCCUCACUUUGAGCUGUUGCAGUUGCUGAAUGAGGUCAGCAAUGGAAAGGGUGACCCUCAAAACGAGAUUCUGAGACGUCUGAGAGAUCGAUAUAUCUCCUGGUAG